AUGAGUGCCAAUGUUUCGAGUGGGACCCACCAUCUCCUGUAUGCCAUUGAGGCUGGUCUUCAAGGGCUCGGCGCUGAUCAAUUUGUACGACAGGUUGCAUUAAGUUCUGCGGUUGGCAUUGGGAUCAGUGGAGAUCUUCCUCAGUCGACACUGCCCUCUCUGUUGUCGAAUCUGGCGAGCGUGUUGUUCCUAGGGCUAUUCAUGUCGAUCAUCCCUGACGAGCAUGAUCGAGCUGCGGUGGAGCGACAUGAGCAUCGAGGCGCUAUGGAGAAACGAACAGUUCUGGGUGAUCGGGGAAGUGUCAGCGCACCUCUUCGCCGUGUUCCAGGGUUUCCUGAAGAUGCUGGCGGGGCUGGACAGCAACUUCACGGUGACGUCGAAAGCGGCGGACGACGGGGAGUUCGCCGAUCUGUACAUGUUCAAGUGGACGACGGUGCUGACAACAACCAUUUCUCGACGUUGUAAAUGGUAGGU